UUCCAACCAAUCAGUAACUGCAGCGAUCUGUGUACCCGGAAGCGCUCACCCUUAGGAUCGGGGACUUUAGCGCGCAAUGGGGAUCACAUGACUGUAUGUUCCCUACAGUGUCAUUUGGGAGUUAGCCCUUAACCUCCCCGCUUUUUCUCGUCUAGGCUGCCUUGCUGGGGAGGUAAGGUCGUCUGCUCUUCCUGUUACUGUGCCGGUCUCACCGCCAUACCCGGUCCCUCUACUGACUGACUAUGGGACGAGGAAAAGACUUAUUUGAUGCCUCUAUUUUCAAUAAUAGCCAUUUGCAGGCUGUUAAAUAAACGGAAUGGAAGCUUUGUUACAAGGGAUUCAGCAACAAGAGAGAAUGGGGUCUUUGCAAGGCUCCUGUGAGGCUGAGCUGCAGGAACUCAUGAGGCAGAUAGACAUUAUGCUGGAUCACAAGAGGUCGCAGUGGGAAGCAGAGACUGAAACACUCAAGACCCGUCUAGAGCUGAAAGAGCAGGAGCUGAAAUCUUCACUGGACAGAGAAGAUCACUUAAACCAGGAGGUUAGAAGACUGAGACAGCAGCUCAUACAGCAGGAAGAAGAGACUCAGAAUAAGACUGUACAGUAUGAGGCUCAACUGUCAGGCUUUAAGGAGGAGUUAAACAGAUUAAAAAAAAGUUACGAGAAAGUACAGAAGAAGCACCUGCGAUCAGAGAUGAAGAAUAAAGUAGACGAGGAAAGAUCUGAAGUCAGCCGCCUGACGCGGCGGUUAGAGGAAUUCCGACAGAGGUCUUUGGAUUGGGAGAAGCAGCGUCUGUUGUAUCAGCAGCAACUGGCUGGACUUGAGGCACAACGCAAAACUUUGAGUGAGCAGGCAGAAAUGUACCAGCAACAUAAUCGCAAACAGAUGCUGGAGCAGACAAGCCUAGCUGGCUGCUCUGAACUUCAAAACCUCAGUGGUCAGUUGCUUCGGGCCAAUGACAGUCUUUGUGUUAAAGAAGAGGAAGUGGAGACUCUGAAAAUGCAGCUGCGCUCUGCCGUUGAAGGACAGAAGCGGGCAGAACAGGAAAUGGCGCACUCACGGCAAAUCAUUCAGGCACUUAAGGAUGAGAAGGCCGAGCUAAAGGCCACUUUAAAAGCUCACACAGAAUUUCUACAGGGCUCUAGAACUCAGAAAGAUGAGUAUCUCCAAGAAGGGAGCAGGGGAAGUGAGGCUCAAAGAGAAAAGAACAGCAUCAGGUCUCUGGAGGAACAGUUACAGGAAAAUAGACUAAUAGGAGGCCAGACUGAAGUGGAGGCUGUAAGAUCUGAGCUGUCUGUCAGUCGAAUGAAUGAACAGAGACUACAGGCCGAGGUGACCUGUUUGGAAGACAGUGUUGAGUCUGUGGCAACACAGUGUCAGCUGCUGGCAAAGGAGCUAAAAGCAAAGGCGGAAUAUCUACAUGAGGUUGAAGAGGAACAUAAAAAAUGCUUGGCUGAAAUGAAAAAGCUGAAAGGCCAGCUCUCACAGACUGAGCUGACCCACAAGAGUGUGCUGGAUGGGAUGAGGAAGGAGAUCUCACAGCUCACUCAGGAGUUACACACGAGAGAUAUCAGAAUGGCUUCCAAUGCAGGCAUCGACUGGGAAAGGAAAAUUCGAGCUGAACGGGAGAGAGCAGAGAGAGAGGCAGCAGAAAACAGGACACUGAAUAAUUUGGAGCAGGCAAAUCAGAGGCUGCAAAAGGAGCUGCUGCAGACACAGGAGAAACUGGAGCUGAUCAUGCAGAGAAGAGAGUCUGAAAUCCAGAAUGCAGUGGAUAGUAGAUCUCAAGAGCUGUUAAAGAAACAGGAGCAGGAGCUGACAAUGAUGCAGGAGCGGCUGAAGGUUUAUGAGCAGGAACUGCAGACUUUCAGGUCCCAACAAGAUGCAGCUUCAAGUGGAGGCUCGCUGGAGUCCAUAUUCUCUGAGGUUUGGAAGGAACAAGCUAUGGCAUCACCAAUAUGUGCAACAAAUGUGGAUUCCUCCGCAGAGCCAGUGGAAGACCUUGCCUCUUCGCUUCCAGUUCCUCCCACCUCCCCAGCAAAUGCUGUAGCCUCACGCUUCCUGCAGGAAGAGGAGCAGCGAUCACAUGAACUUUUGCAGCGACUAAAUGCUCACAUAGAAGAGCUGAAGCAGGAGAGUCAGCGCACUGUGGAGCAUUUCACCCAGCCCAGGUAACACAAAGCAGGACUUUGAACCAGCCCCGCUAAGGAUGGUGGUGAAUUUUACUGACAUUGUAUUAAAGAUCUGCCUAAAGAUCCUCUUAACAAAGUUACUCCAAGCUACCUUUAAAUGUUGCAUUGCCACCAAAACUCGACUUAGUAUAGGAAUAGUAUUGGCUACACCGUAUGUAAUGAUACCUAAAAUUCUGCUCUGUUCCAAUUAAUCCAUGCUUUGUUACAGUUUUCUUGCUCCAUGAUGUGUCAGCUAACACUAGUUGCCAAACAGUGGUCCUGUGUACAUAAUAACCCAACCCCUGUAUGUAUAUAUUCUCUUUAAUCUUAUUCCUUACCAUUGUGGUCAGUAAAACACUUCCAAAAUUUUCAUUGUCUUCUUCUGUAACGUGUGUCCUUGGUCUCUGCAUUUCAUAUUUUUAGACUGUUCUGUCUGUCCUGAUAUAAAGGUCUGCAUAUAUUUAAUAAAAAAUUUUUUUUUUAUUACAAAUAAAUUAUUUUAUUUUAUUGCA